CUCUCUCUCUCUCUCCCCGUGUUUCUGCUCACAGCUAGGGUUCAUCUUACAAUGGCUAACAGUAGCAAUAAUAAUAAAGUGAAAGUAGUAGAAUUAGACGACGAGAUUGAGGGAGGACAUGUGGACACCACCGACUACUACUUCGACAAGGUCGGUGAGCCCGUGCCGAUCAAACUGCAGGACUCCAAUUUCGAUGCGGGAAGCCCUCCCUCUCAGCCCCUCGCGAUCUCCGAAAUCCACGGCCUUAUCGUCGUCGCCCAUUCCGGUGGAUUUUGUGUUGCUAGGACGAAGGAUGUCAUUGCUUCGGCCAAGGAUAUAAAAGAGAAGGGAAGUGGUCCUUCUAUUCAGGAGCUAAGUGUUGUAGAUGUUCCCAUCGGCAAGGUUCACAUCUUGGCUAUCUCCACCGACAAUUCUACCCUCGCUGCUGCUAUUGCUUCAGAUGUCCAUUUUUUUCCCCUUAACUCCCUUCUCAAUAAGGAAUCUAAACCAUCCUUCUCCUGUUCACUAAAUCAAUCAAGCUUUGUUAGUGACCUACGAUGGAGAAAAAAGGCAGAAAAUUCUUUUGUUGUUCUUUCAAAUUCUGGAAACCUAUAUCAUGGAGCGGUUGAUGGGCCACUUAAGGAUUUGAUGGACGAUGUUGAUGCUGUUGAAUGGAGUGUAAAAGGCAAAUUUGUUGCUGUGGCAAGAAAAAAAGUCCUUUACAUUCUGUCUUCAAGAUUCAAGGAGCGGUUGUGCAUGCCACUGUCAUGGAAAAAAGGGUUUGGUGAUUCUGAAGUAAACUGCAGCAUAAAAGUGGAUUCUAUCAAGUGGGUGCGUCCUGAUUGCAUUAUUCUAGGAUGCUUUCAACUUGCUGCAGAUGGGAAAGUGAAAAAUUACCUUGUCCAAGUUAUCAGAAGCAAAGACGGCAAAAUUACUGAUGGCUCUGUCAAGCCUGUUGUGCUAUCCUUUUAUGAUUUGUUUCUAGGUUUUAUUGACGACAUAUUGCCCUUUGGAAGUGGACCACUUUUGUUCUUGAGCUAUUUAGAACAAUGCGAGCUAGCAAUUACUGCCAACAGGAAUAAUACAGAUAGGCAUAUUGUGUUGCUUGGUUGGUCACUAGCUGAUGAGAUAAAUGAAGUUGCAGUUGUCGAUAUUGAGCGAGAAAAGUGGCUACCAAGGAUUGAGCUUCAAGAAAAUGAUGAUGAUAAUUUGAUCCUGGGCCUUUGUGUUGACAAAACUUCACCCUAUGAGAAAGUCAAAAUCCAACUUGGAAUUGAGGAACAUAGAGAGCUCUCACCGUAUUGCAUUCUUCUGUGCCUUACUCUGGAAGGAAAGCUUGCCAUGUUCCAUGUGGCCAGUGUUGGAGGUACUUCUGUUCCACCAGUGGUUACUUCUGCUCCUUCUGAUGAGGAAGAGGAGGAAGAGGAUACUCAUGCAGUGAUACCUGUAGAAUGUCAUCUAUCCAAACCUUUACUCGGACUGGAUAAACAGGAAUUUGAGCAGGUCCCUUCGGGAAUUCAAUUCCAGGAUGUGAACAAAAAGGAACUUAACACCAAAGAAGAUGGCAAGAUUAAUAAGAAAAGUUUUUUAAAGCCCUUUGAUGUGAGCAAGAGUUCAGUGUCUCCAGUUGUUGCUAGUCCCGUAUCGCUUAGAGAGAGUAAUUCCAAAAACUGGAAAGGCGAGUCCCAGUCAAAUUCAGAAUCAUUUGAAACUGAUAAGCAACACACCAUACCAGACACAAAGUGGUACCAGGACACAGAUGGUCAACAAGUACAGCCUUUCAGGCAGCAAAGCCCUGAAUUUGACCAAUCAAAUUUUAAAGCUUCUUCUAACACAGUUAAAGACUUGAGCAAGAUGGGAACUCAGGAAAUUGCAGAUCUCAAAUCUAGCACUUCUGUUGAAGGAAGAAGUUCAGCUGAUAUCCUUGGUCAGUCAAAUCAUAAGAAUUUAUUAAAUAAUGUUGGGAUGGGUAAGGAAUCCAUGGGAAAUAUUGGAACGGCUAGCUUACAGAGUGCUUCACCUCAUUCAUGGACAAAUGGAAAAUUCAUAUAUCCAAGAGACAAUAGUGCAAGAUCUGAGUUUUCAUUUUCAGGAUCUAUUCAAGGCAAUCAAACUGAAAACUCUGGCAUUAGUUUUGGUGCUGCAAAUGUUUCUGGUGGCCUAGCUGUAAAAGCUUUUCAUUUAAAGGAUUCCAGCAGUACAUCAAUGUCAGUCAAUUUUACUGGCAGACCAGCUCAGGGUGGGGGACAGAGAACUUCAACAGGGGCGCAAAAUGUUGAAUCAUUGCCUUCCUUCGGUAGCUCACAAAUGUCAGUGCAGGAAAACUUUGCUGCAGGAAAGUCCCUCAACCAUAAGCUUCAACCUUCCAAGAAAGAUAACAAAUUUCCCCCCCUGUCAGGCAUGCUGAACUCUGAACCAAACUUAUCAAAGCAAUUUGGAAAUAUAAAUGGGAUGACCAAAGAGCUGGAUGCACUUUUGGAAUCUAUAGAAGUAGAGGGCGGUUUCAGGGAUGCCUGCACCAUUUAUCAGAACAGUUCAGUUGAAGCAUUGGAGCAAGGAAUGAGUACCCUUUCUGACCAAUGUAGAACAUGGAAGGGCAUUGUCAAGGAGCGACUUGGAAAGGUCCAGCAUCUUCUUGAUAAAACUGUUCAAGUUUCAGCAAGGAAAAUGUACAUGGAAGGCAUUGUUAAACAAGCUUCUGAUAGCCGAUAUUGGGACCUAUGGAAUCGCCAGAAGUUGAGUUCUGAACUUGAGCUGAAGCGGCGGCAUAUACAACAAAUGAAUCAGGAUUUGACCAAUCAAUUAAUUGAAUUGGAAAGGCAUUUCAACGGCCUGGAACUCAAUAAAUUUGGUGCAAAUGCUGGAGCUCAUGUGGCUCAGACAGCUUUCCAGAGUAGAUUUAGGCCUUCAAGGCAUAUUCAGUCCUUGCAUACUUUACAUAGCACAACGAGUUCACUAUCAGCAGCUGCUGAACAACUUUCUGAAUAUCUCUCAAAACAAAUGGCGGUUCUGAGUAUAGAGUCACAAGUAAAACAACAGAAUAUAAAAAAAGAGUUAUUUGAAACAGUAGGGAUCCCUUAUGAUGCCUCUUUCAGCUCUCCAGAUGCAACCAAAGUUAGCGAUUCCCCUUCAAGGGAGAAACUCUUCUCUUUAGGUUCUACUGCUGCUAAAGAUCGGUCCAAAAGAAACCAAUUGAGUUCCAUGAAGUGUUCUGAACCAGAAACGGCAACGAGGAGGAGAGACCCAUUACAUCAGAGUUGGACUGCUUUUGAGCCUUCAAGAACUACUGUUGAAAGGAUCCUUUUGGAUGAGACCCAGAAGACAAGUGUGACUGGGUCAUCCUAUUCUAUGGAUAAGCAGCAGUUUAGCCCUCGCCUUCCAGAAAGUUCUGCAAUUGCUCAUCACACUGACCUCUCAACCUUCUUUUAUCCAUCUGAAUACAACGCAGGCAUGCAGGAUACAUCAACCAAAAACACCUCGAAGAACCCAAUCCAAUUUUUAUGGGCAAAUAAGCUUCCGGGAUCAUCGCAAACUUUUGGGCAAAAGUCUCCUACACUGCAACGGGACAAUGCUACAGCAUUGUCAUCUCAGCCAUCCUCCCAAUUUUCACCUAUACUUGCAAAAGGUCAUACAAGGGAAGGUUUUGACAUGGCUACAGAAAAUUCCUUCAAUGGUUCAGUUCCAGUAAAUGAUGCCAAGCCAAUGCUGCAGUCGAAUACUAACCAAAAUCAGAAGCCGUCCAUAUCCACUAUGUUACCCACACAAACAGUGUCAUCGCUGAAGACAUCCAAUGAGAUGUCUAAUUCAAGUACAAAAAGUUCACCCCUAGAAUCAAGGAAAAUGUCGGACACUUCAUUCUCUUCCAUAUUUAAUAUUUCUGCAGUUCCCAGCCUAACUGGAAAAUAUCAUCUUGAUGUUCCAGUGGGAAAUAGCCAGCCUGGUGACAAUGAGUUAGCUUCUAUGUUUUCACCACUUUCAGCUCCAUUAUUUCCAAUGAUCAAUCCAAUGACAGCUUCUCUCUCUUCAUCAUCUACUCCAACAACUGUGCAAACCUUGUCAUCUUCAAUUCCCCCAAGUAGAUCUUUCACCACUUUUAAUGCUAGUACAGAUGCUAAUCAAAAGGUCUCAACAUUGACUUUCCCUUCUCUAAGUGCCCCUUCCUCUGGUUCCUUCUCCUUGCAAGCUUCCAAAAUGCCAGUGCCCUCAUGUACUUCUGCAACCUCUGAGUCUCCUAGAAUAGAGCUCCAACCUCCUAUGGGCAAAUUGAAUGUGACAACAGAUAUGGAUGCUAGAAAACAAGCACCACCUCUGCAGCCCGUGCCUCCGAAUGAUGAUGUCAAAUUGAGGCUUGAACCUUCGAUAACAGCUGGCCAUACAAUUGAAAUUUCAACUGGUCCAUCAUCUGGAAGCCAGCCCUGUUUCAGCAACAUGGCAAGUCGUGCACCUAAUGUGACACUGAAUGCUCAACCAGAACAGCCAUCUGCUGCACGUAUUCUGUUUCCAACGCCUCCCCCCACUUCUGGGAGUGGAACUAGUGAAAAGAUUGAAAGCUCGGAUGUUGCAGUAACAGAAGAGGAUGAGAUGGAAGAGGAGGCUCCUGACACCAGUAACACUGCCGAACUUACUUUGGGAAGCCUUGGCGGAUUUGGGAUUGGCUCCACCCCUGUUCCAACUGCUCCUAAGUUAAAUCCAUUUGGUGGUUCAUUCGGUAAUGCAGCAUCAAGUCCAUUGAGCUCAGAAUUUAACAUGACGGUUCCUAGUGGAGAGUUGUUUCGCCCUGCAUCCUUUAACUUCCAAUCUCCUCAGUCUUCACAACCAUCUCAACCAACAAAUUCAAGUGCAUUCUCUGGUGGCUUCAGUGCUGGAACGACUGCUCAGGCUCAAUCUCAAACUGGGUUUGGCCAGCCGACACAGAUUGGAUCAGGGCAGCAAGCACUGGGAUCAGUUCUUGGUGCUUUUGGUCAGUCAAGGCAGCUUGGUACUGGUCUACCGGGAAUAGGUUUUGCGACUCCCAGUGGUUUUGGUGGCGGCUCUAGCUCGACUGGUGGGUUUUCAAGUGCAACUUCUGGUGGUGGAUUUGCUGGUUUGGCUUCAGGUAGUGGCGGGUUUGCUGGUGUGGCUCCUGGGGCAGGGGCAUUUUCAGGUGUAGCUUCGGCUGGUGGUGGGUUUGCUGGUGCUGCCUCAGUUGGUGGUUUUGGACCUGUUUCUAGUGGUGGAUUCCCUGCGGCAGGUAGCGUGUUUGGGGCUUUCAACAGCCAACAAGGUGGUGGUGGUUUCUCUGCAUUUAGUACUAGCACUGGAGGAACUGGGAAGCCUUCUGAGCUCAUCACACGGAUGAGAAAAUAGUUUUAUCGUGGUAUGGAUAAAGGCUCGUAGGAAAUUUAAUUUGAUCACAAAAGUUAAGAGUCUAAAAUGGUUAACGAGACUUUUUGGGCAAAAUAGGCUGUUCUCUCUUAUCCAAUAGGUUCAAGCCUUUUUUCCCACAUUUAUUUAGUGGCAAAUCAAGUCAGUAUCAUUGAUCCAAAAAGAAAUCAAAUUAGUAUCGUUGGUCUGAA